CAGAGGAAUAGCUCUGCCUCUCUGGCCAGAAGCUUCUGAUACUGAAAUCUGCAGUUAGACGCCUCAGCAACACUGGAACUGGAAACCAGUCAACAAUGAAGCAACUUGCUCUCCUGCUGCUCCUCCUCUCAGUGACCAGGGCGACCCCUUGCUCUGAGAGUGGAGGUGCUGCUGAAUUGAAACUCGCCAUCCGUGACCUGCUGGAGAACUGGGAAGACACGUCCUGCUCCCAGAGUGGCCAGAGCUACCAGAGCCUGCCCUGCAGCUGCAAGGAAAUUAAAGCCACCCGGGACGGGGCUGCAGAUGGGAUUUACACCCUGCGCACUGAAAAUGGCGAGAUCUACCAGACCUUCUGCGACAUGACCACCAAGGGGGGCGGCUGGACCCUGGUGGCCAGCGUGCACGAGAACAACGUCUACGGCAAGUGCACCAAUGGUGAUCGCUGGUCCAGCCAGCAGGGGAGCAAUGACAACUACCCAGAGGGAGAGGGCAACUGGGCCAAUUACAACACCUUUGGCUCCGCGAUGGGCUCCACCAGUGAUGACUACAAGAACCCUGGUUAUUACGAUUUGCAAGCUCAGGACCUGUCCGUGUGGCACGUAACCAACAAGACGCCCCUGAAGGAAUGGAAGAACAGGUCCAUCCUGAGGUACCACACCGAGACUGGCUUCCUGUCCUUGGAGGGGGGGAACCUCCUCAGACUCUACCAGAAAUACCCAGUGAAAUAUGGCGCCGGCGUCUGCAAGACCAACAAUGGCCCCGCCGUGCCCGUCAUCUACGACUAUGGCGAUGCCCAGCAAACCGCCAACUAUUACUCUCCAAACGGACGAAGUAAGUCUGCAGUGAGCGUGCGGGUUCUGCCUCUCCACUGGCACAGACCAGCCCUUGACGGCUGUAAUACCGAGCAUCACUGCAUAGGUGGAGGAGGGUUCUUCCCAGAAGGGAACCCGGUUCAGUGUGGCGAUUUCCCUGCCUUUGCCUGGGACGGGUACGGAACCCAUCAGCACUGGAGCGUAUCCAAGGAGAUGAUUGAAUCCGCAGUGCUGCUGUUCUACCGCUGAGUUCGGAAAGGCUGGCAUGACCCAGUGAAGGACUCUGCAUCGCUCCAGAUACAGCUGCUCCCUGGGAGGAGAAUUAUGGCCACAACUGUGGACAUCUGUGAUGCAAAUAAAGAAAGUGAAGUGC